UGAGAUGCAGGUUGCUGUUUGGAACACGAAAGAAUGUUUUGCAUUUCCAAGCAUUCAUCCAAGAUGCUGUAUCCAUCACUCUUUUGUUUGCAAAAGAAAAAUGAAGGCGUGCGCGGAAUAAUGCACGUUGAAAACAACAAUGGAUGGCACGUCGAUUGCUGCCUGCAUUCCCUCACUCGAUCAACUGUCUCUCAUAAGCCAAUUUCACCCAAAGGACGACGUGACAUUCUUUGCGCCAGCGUAUCGACGUCGUCAACAGCUUCGCCGACUGCCUAUAUAAAGCACUCGACUCACUUUGCGCCACAUCCUCCAGUUCACUUUGACUCGUUCACGACUCUGUCCAGCAAACGCUCGAUUGGCAAAACAAGUCGGCCAGCGAUCAAGACGGCCAGGACGAUCGUCUACAUCGACACGGACACGCCAAGCGAUCGGUCGAUUUCAGCCAAGACGAGCAGCAAAUGUAUUCACUGACUCUGGAUCCCGAUUCCAAAUUCAAGCUGUCCUGGACUCCCGAUUUCCAACGUCAGCAGGUCAAAUUUCACGUGGACAUUAGCCAUUCUGCACCGCAGUCGUGGUUCGCUUUGGGAUUCUCCGAUCGCGGUGAUUGGCCAGGAGCCGAUCUUUGCAUCGGAUGGGAAGACUGGAAAGGAUCUCUUAUCGUUCAGGACGCCCACGUUGACGUUACAGGAAUAAUCCACGCCGACGAGCAUCACAAUGAUUGCCGAAGGGCAUCUUACUUACGCCGUAAAGACGGUCUCGCCUCGCUGGAAUUUGUCCGAUCCUUUGAUACUUGCCAUCGGCUCCCAGAGGAAAGAGAUUAUCUCAUAGAAGAUGGCACUGUACACGUCAUCUACGCAUCAGGCCCUGGACCACUUUACAGAAUCAAUGGCGUUUCACCAUCGGAUGAUGACGUGGGAUUCCAGCGGACUCGUUUACUCAAACCUCCACAUGCCGAGGAACAUCAGAAAAGCAACGAUCCAGUGCACGCCCUGCUUAUUGCCAACGUCCAGUUGAAUAUUCCGGCUCAAGAAACGACGUAUUACUGUCGUGUUGUCCGCCUACCACAACAAUUCAUCCGUAAGCAUCACGUUGUCCAGUUCGAGGCAGCCAUUGAAGAAGGUCGUGAGUCUAUCGUCCACCAUAUGGAAGUAUUCCACUGCGAGGCGCCAUCAGAUGUAACAAUUCCGGAAUAUCGUGGUCCGUGCACCGAUCCAAAUCGACCUGAAGCUACUCGCGUCUGUAAACGCGUCUUGGCAGCCUGGGCAUAUGGUGCUGGCCCAUUUCGUUAUCCUCUGGAAGCUGGAUUGCCCAUCGGUGGGCCAGAGUUUAAUCCCUACAUUAUGCUAGAAGUCCAUUACAACAAUCCAACUCUACGUGGAGAUUGGGUAGAUUCUUCGGGAGUGCGUUUGUGGUACACAAGUCACUUACGUCAAUAUGACGCCGGUGUUAUGGAACUCGGUUUAGAGUACACGGACAAAAUGGCCAUUCCACCCGGACAAGAAGCGUUCACGCUGACGGGAUACUGCUUACCCCAAUGCACCGCUGUCAGUCUACCGAAAACUGGGAUCACCAUCUUUGGUUCGCAACUUCACACUCAUCUACUGGGCUAUCGAGUCGUGACUCAGCAUUUCCGGGCAGAGGACGGGUUGGAAUUGGCCGAACUUGAUCGUGACAAUCACUACAGUACUCAUUACCAAGAGAUUCGAUUGUUGGCCAAUCCCGUCAAAGUCUUUCCGGGAGAUGCUCUCUUAACGACGUGUUGGUUCGACACGACAGACAAAGUGAACGUCUCACUGGGUGGUUUCUCCAUCUCAGACGAAAUGUGCGUCAAUUACAUUCAUUAUUUUCCGCGUAUAAAUUUGGAAGUAUGCAAAAGUUCAGUCAGCUGGCAAGCCCUGCGAAACUACUUUCAAUUCGUCAACGAGUGGGACAAACAGCCAACGAGACCCUCUCACGGCGUAUCAGAUAACUAUCACGCCAUCGAGUGGACUCGACUGAGAGCCGAAACGCUUCGUGAUUAUUAUUCGAUGGCGCCCAUUUCGAUGCAGUGCAACCAAUCGAGUGGCGAACGCUUUCCAGGCAAUUGGGAAGGACUCGCAUCUCCCGGGUUUCCCCUUCCACUGGCAGAAACUAGAAACAACGUCAAACCGUGCGAAUCACGCGAUGACACGCAAGAAUACGUCCCUGAUUGAAACGUACAGAGGAAAGUGAAGCACGACACGUUAACGUAGUAUAUAAACUAGUCCUUAAUAGAACGGGGGGAAUAGUCAAAUAAACUAUACACACUUGGGUGGAUUGCACAUGGCAUUCAUUUUUGAAUUCAGCUACCCAACUGGAAUUUGCACCGUUGUCGUUUUGCUUGUAAUGUGCUGAGUCACUAUGGCUAGUUUGUUUGCCAUGGUCUCACCCAAAAUU